AUGGACCAAACAGCCCUCCUGUACGGAAGCAUAACGCUGCUUGCCGUAAUAUUUGUCUCCUGCUAUGUCGCGCUGGUCCUGCUCUCUCCCGCCCUGCGUACAGCGCGCGCAUCCGAAAAGACCUACCGCUCCGCACAGUCCCCCUCCUCUCCACAACCACUAGGCUCCAUCUCCGACCCCGCAAGCGUCGACCUCACCGUCGUCGUCCCAGCCUACAACGAGACAGCGCGCAUGCCGGGCAUGCUCGAAGCGGCGAUCGCGCACCUCGCCAGCCCCGCGAUGCAGACGCGCACCUACGAGCUCGUGAUCGUCGACGACGGGAGCACAGACGAGACCGCGGAGCUCGCGCUGAAGCAUGCGGCCGCGCACCCCGAGGUCGAGAUUCGCGUGGUCAAGUUGGAGAAGAAUGCCGGGAAGGGCGGGGCCGUGAGGCAUGGGAUGCUGCAUGGAAGGGGGAGGCGGUUGUUAUUCGUUGAUGCGGACGGUGCGAGCCGUUUCGAGGACUUGGAACUGCUGUGGAAGGAGAUGGAUCGGAUAGCACCGCAGGAGGAAGCGGCGAUGGUAGUCGGAAGCAGGGCACAUCUUGAGAAGACAGAGGCCGUGGUUAAGCGUUCUUUCCUGAGAAACGUACUGAUGUAUGGCCUGCACACCAUCCUGCGCAUCGUCGGCGUCGGGCACGUCCGAGACACACAGUGCGGCUUCAAGCUCUUCUCGCGCGCCGCGGCACAGCGCAUCUUCCCCUCGCAGCACCUCCCCACCUGGAUAUUCGACGUUGAGCUGCUGUUGCUCGCAAAGCAACUGCGUAUGCCCGUCGGGGAGGUGCCCAUCGAGUGGCACGAGGUGUCCGGGAGCAAGCUAAACGUGAUGACGGAUUCAUUGCAGAUGCUCCGCGACUUGCUGGUAUUGCGAGCGAAUCAUCUGCUCGGGCGAUGGAAGGUUGCACCGCCUCCCGUGCCUGCGCCUGCUGCGAACUGA